CGUCUAACCACAGCGACACUGUUAACUGCUUACUUAGGCGUAGUUAAUGUCAUAGUGAAUGUGAGUUCCCAAACAGACUUUAAGGGGUCGCUAGCUACCGCCACACUAGCCAGUUUUGCAGCUAGCGUCAUUGUACCGUUAACUGCUCUCGAAAGAGGUUAUAUUCGCUAGCAUUAGUUAUUUCUUUCAUUUGCCAGGGAAUACCGAGCAAGUUUGCUUGUUUUUGCUUAUUUGUACGGUUUGGAAUAUGCCUUCAGACGACACUGCGGACCUGUUAAACUACUAUGAAGUUUAUGACACCAUUGGUUCAGGUGGCUUUGCCAAGGUCAAGCUUGGCCGACACAUCCUGACAGGAGAGAAAGUGGCCAUUAAAAUUAUGGAGAAGAAGGACCUUGGGGAUGACUUGCCUCGUGUGAAGACUGAAAUUGAAGCCAUGAAAAACCUGAGUCAUCAACAUGUGUGCCGUCUUUACCAUGUCAUCGAGACCCUCAGCAGGAUCUAUAUGGUGCUGGAGUAUUGUCCCGGUGGGGAGCUCUUUGAUUACAUCAUUGCGAAAGAUCGGUUGUCAGAGGAGGAGACCCGAGUGUUCUUCCGGCAGAUUGUCUCUGCCCUUGCGUACGUCCACAGCAAGGGCUACGCUCACAGAGAUCUGAAACCGGAAAACCUGCUUAUUGAUGAAGAUCACAACCUAAAGCUGAUCGAUUUCGGUCUGUGUGCCAAACCCAAGGGAGGGCUGGGAGAUGAGCUGAUGACCUGCUGUGGAAGCCCAGCCUAUGCUGCCCCGGAACUCAUCCAAGGCAAAUCAUAUAUUGGCUCUGAGGCUGACGUUUGGAGCAUGGGGGUGCUGCUGUAUGCCCUGAUGUGUGGGUAUCUCCCUUUUGAUGACGACAACUGCAUGGCCCUGUACCGGAAAAUUACUAGGGGUAAAUAUAGUAAUCCUCCCUGGCUUUCACCCGCCAGCAUCCUCCUCCUGAAUCAGAUGAUGCAGGUGGACCCCAAGCGCCGUCUGACAGUGAGGCAGCUUCUGACUCACCCGUGGGUUAUGACCGGCUACAGCAGCCCAGUGGAGUGGCACAGCAGGCGACCAUUGGGUCAUUUAGAUGAUGACUGCAUCACAGAGAUGGCUGUUCACAUGAAGCGCUCCAAACAAAGCACCAUUCAGUUCGUGUCUGAGUGGAACUAUGAUCAGACCACCGUCACAUAUCUGCUGCUACUGGCCAAGAAGCAGAGCGGUCGACCUGUACGCCUCAGGCCAGACGUAUAUGCCCAAGAGAUCCUCUUUUCACCUAUGCAAGAUACCAGGACCAAGGAGAACCUUCAAUUCAGUGAGGAGGAGGAUUACGCUGAGCCAAUGGUGCUGGGUACUUAUGUUCCUGGCUGGAAUGAGCAGGACAAGCCGUGGAUCACCCUCUCCCCCAACAAUACUCAGAAGACGCACACGCAACACACGGGGGUCAUUAGUCCCUCAGCAGAGAAGAGGCGGGGUGACCGAGUUCGCUCCCCCAGAGACAAGACCCACCCCCGCAAACAGGAGAGACAUGAUGGGAGCAGAGAGAAUAAGGAAAACAUGGCUGUGACCAAUACCAGUGGCGACGUGUUUGCUCUACCUGCCCCAAGAACCCCUGCUAUCGGCAGGAAGGGCCGCUCAAAGAACGCUUCCUCCACCCCAAACAGUUGCAUCAGUAACACAGGUGCCGACAUCGGCAGUGCCUGUAAAGACCAGUCUCGGGGGAGAGCACAGGACCAGCGGCUUAACACUACAGAACUAGACGCCCUUACACUCAGCCCAGAGAGGAGGUCUCGCUCGCUGGACAUGGCUGGCUGCCAGAGUGACAGUGCUCAGAAGCGGAAGGGAGGAAAGGUGUUUGGCAGCUUGGAGCGCGGGCUGGAUAAGGUCAUCACCAUGCUCACUCCCAGCAAGAAGAGGGGACUUCGUGACGGCCCCCGCAGGAUCAAGGCCCAGUAUAAUGUGACCUUAACCAGCCAGACCAGUGCGGACCAGGUGCUCAACCAGAUCCUCCGCAUUCUUCCAGACAAAAAUGUGGACUUCAAACAGAAAGGGUACACGCUAAAGUGCAGGACCCACUCCGACUACGGGAAGGUAACGCUGCAUUUUGAGCUGGAGGUGUGUCUGCUCCACAAGCCUGAGGUAGUGGGCAUCCUGCGGCAAAGGCUGAAGGGGGAUUCCUGGGUCUACAAACACCUGGUCGGGGACAUUCUGUCCUCCUUCAGUGUCUGACCACUGCCUGUCCUCUCUCACGGAUCUAAAUGCAUUAUCCUGCUUCAACACUCUCCUCCUGGGCUGCUGUUGCUCUUUAAAGACCUAGACUGUGAGUGCUGGCUCCAAAAAGAGAUUGAGCUGAGAGAGAGAUAUUGAGAGACCCAGAGUGUUUCAUUGUAUCCUAUGUGUUCUUUCUUAAAGCAUGCCUUGUGAAACAGUCUAAUGCACAACCCUGAGCUCUAAACCAGCCCGUGGUCCCUUUUUGAAGUAAUUUGAUCUCUUUUUGUAGUAACUAUUUUAUAAAUAUGCACAUGUAGUUACCACAUAGUUUUCAUUCAUCCUGUAAAUCAUGUUAAGUCAUUUAAUAAUUUUUUAACUAAUUCUUCCAACUUAUUUCAUGUAUUCAUUUGUGUUAAAUUUUUGAUUUUGUGGAUACUUUGUGAAGAAUAAAAAUGUGUAUAUUUACAGUU